AUGAGCAAUAACUUCUGCCGGGCCCUGGUGGACCGGCGGCCCAUGGCGCCCCCCGGCUGCAUGCAGCUGGGCGUCGCGCCCCCUCGGCGGCAGGCGCCCCUGCCGCCCGCUGAUCCCCUGGGCGGCGUGCCCCUCCUGCUGUACCCGGGGGCGGCCGAGCCGCCCUUCUACGAGGCCUACGCGGGCGUGUUCCCCUACGCGCCGUUCCCCGGCGCCUUCGGGGUCUACGACUGCCCCUUCGAGCCCGCCUUCAUCCAGAAGCGCAACGAGCGCGAGCGGCAGCGGGUCAAGUGUGUGAACGAGGGCUACGCGCGCCUCCGCGGCCACCUGCCGGGCGCGCUGGCUGAGAAGCGGCUCAGCAAGGUGGAGACGCUGCGCGCCGCCAUCCGCUACAUCAAGCACCUGCAGGAGCUGCUGAGCGCGGCCCCCGCCGGCGCGCCCCCCGCCCUGGCGCCUGAGACUCCCGACGCCUCCCGCUUCGCCUCCGCGCCGCUCUUUGAGUCGGAGGAAUCGGGCCACUGA